CUGCCUCCCGGAGGUACAAGGUUCACCAACAUAUACAAAGAUAGCAUUAACAUGACUUGGUUACCAUCAUCUUAUGCAACACAAUACAGAAUUAGGUACACAGAGGAGAAAACCACAAACCACAAAUAUAUCACAACACGUGAAACAUUUGCACAGAUUCCUAAUUUGAAAGUAAACACAACUUAUGAAAUUGGAAUAGCUGUUGAUGAAUCAGAAUUUGGACAAAGUGAUAAUUACGCCAUUUUUAUCGUCAAAACAACUAAUGGGAGUUAUCCACACACACCAACUCAUUCCAAUGCAAUUGUGCAUCACAGCCAAAUAAAUUACAUGCUACUGUUCUGGCUGAUUAUAUUUUACUUACAAUAGCAAAGUACCAACAACAUCUUACAACAAAAAAUUGUCAAGUAGAAAAAUGAAGACAUUGCACUAACUUUAAAACUUGUAAUGACGUUUAGAUUAACGUUAAU